AUGAUGAGAACAGCAGCAGCUAGAAUGGCUCUCUCUGUGUCCAUGGUACUUGCGGUGGCUUUUGCGUCUUCGGUGGAGCAUCGUCAGCACCAUGACUUGAAUGCAAGGGAUUCUUUGUUGUUGGAGUCCAUCUCCAGGCUCCACGUACUGCCGCCCUCCCCCGACGACAGUCCUGAAGAAUGUCCAGUGAAUGCUACUCUCUUUGAUUCUUGUGGCGAGGAACGAUAUUGUGCCUUGCUGCCUUUUGGUUCCGACUCUGCGAUGGACCACAGGCAUCCGGAAGCACCACCUUUAUUGGCAUUGGGAUUGAAGGAGGGAAGCAAUGCUACUGGUACUGCUGAAUCAUCGCCCAAUUAUUAUUAUUGCCUCCACAAGACACUCUGGUCAUCAUCUGACUUACUACCACUAUCUGCCAGAGAUGCAGUGGCCUUUUUGCUGGCGGCCACUUGCUGCUUUCUGGCCGCCAUGGCGGGAAUUGGUGGCGGUGGGCUCGUUUUGCCCAUUUUGCUCUUGUGUUGCAACUUUACUCCCAAAGAAGCCUCGGUACUCUCCAAUACGGCUGUCUUUUGCAAUACAUUGGGACAAUUUGCCAUCAACAAUCAUCAUGACAACAACAACCAUAGCAAGAGCCAUGCACAAUCAGUGGUGGUGGUCUUGGCAACCGUCCUCAUCAUGAUGCCUUCUGUCAUUGCUGGAGGGAGUAUUGCGAUUACUCUGGAAGGAAUGGUGCCAUCCACAGUCAUUUUGAUUCUAGCGUUCUUGACGCUUCUUUUGGCGGCCAUUAAAACAUAUCACAAGGCACAAACAAUGAGACGAGCCGAACAGCAAGCUAAGACAACAAUCUAUACUGAUUAUUCGUCCGACCAACGAGUUGGAACUCUAGUAGAAGCAGAUUCAAAUGGCACUGACAAAGAAGAAGAACGAACACCACAGCAGGACGGAACCAGUUCCAUCCAAUGCAAGCUGCAGCUCCUGAUUGGUACCUUUUGGUUAUUGGAUGCUAUUCACUGCCUCUUUUUGCACACCAUGCGAAUCCCACUCUGCUCGCCCCUGUAUAUUCUGCUGGUGGCUUUCCCCGCGCUGGUUGCGGUGCUGUUUGUGGGUCUGGGAAGGUGUCUGGUGCAGUCGCUUGGCCGCCGCCAAGAUCCACCGUCUGGCGAACGGCUUCCGUUGAUACAAGCUGCCUCGUCGAACCCGGGAUAUCAUCAGGGCGGUCCUGAAGAACACCACCAGGACAAGUUCCAAUCUCUGUUGGCUUGGUGGUUACCGUGGGCAUCCGUGUUGAUUGGUCUCUUGGCGGCACUGCUGGGUAUUGGUGGUGGAGAGCUACUGGGCCCAAUCCUGUUGCUACUCCUCCAGAUGGAUGCACAACAAAGCAGUGCUACCACGGCCAUCAUGUCCAUGAUGAAUAGUGGAACCAACUUAUUUCACUAUCUCGUGAUGGACAUGAUGAUUGCGCCCGAUUAUGCCAUAACUUUGGGUUUGGCUGGACUGGUGGGAGGCAGUGGAGGCCGUUUAUGGGCCAUUCAUGUGGCGCAACGUGGACGGCCCAGCAUUAUUGCUUGGAGUCUGUGUGCGGUUCUGGCACUCGGCACCGCCCUGGUGGCCUGGGAACUGGUAACGACUCCGCUCUCGUUCCAGAGUAAGGGCGGCAUUUGUUGA